CACCUACUCAGGUGUGAUCUGCACCUGCACAGAGGUUACCUCUCUGUAACCAUCAAAGCCUCCAAGUCAGACACCUUUCGAGCCACCUGCACUCUACCAGUGGCAACAAUAGGAACUCCUACCUGCCCCGUCAAGGCUAUGGGGCGGUUCUUGGCCCAUGCCCACCACCGACCCACCCAGCCUCUCUUCACUCUCAGCUCAGGACAGUUCCUCACCAGGUCACGUCUCACCAAUGUAAUCCGGAGACUCCUUCAGGCCACGGGCCUGUCAAGGCAAGAGGCAGAGCGGUACGGCACCCACAACCUACGUAUCGGCGCAGCCACAGAUGCGGCAGCCUCGGGCCUCCCUAGCUGGCUCAUCCAGGCCGCGGGCCGCUGGAAGAGUACAGCCUACCAGCGGUACAUCCGCUCCCCGCGGAAGGCACUAAUGAGGGUGGCCCCUGCACUGGCAACACAGGCCCGGUCCUGA